AGCUUUAUUAAAGACAAAAUUUUAAUAUUAAACAAAGAUAUUGGACAAGGAUUAAGAAGGAAAAGUAAAAUAGAAGGGAUUGAUUUUGGGAUAAUAUUAAGGACGAAAAAAUAGUCUUUCUCUAUUCAGGGGACCGGUUUGGUAGAAAGUUUCAAGGAUAUUAUGGCGGAUCUUGUUGGUUAUACGCAUGAGUUCCUAGCUGAAUUCAUUCAGCUUUAUCGUGCACAACCUUGUUUAUGGCAGAUCAGAUGCAAAGGUUACAAGGAUAGACUUUUAAGAGGUCGUGCUUACGAUGUGCUUGUACAAAAGUUGCGUGAGAAUCAAUAUAAAUCAUCUUUAUGGUAUUACGAUCUUCUGAAAUUCGUAGCCGAGCAGAAUAACGAUGAGAUGACGUCAAUGACAGCAACAACUGGCGGGAAGUCCGAGAUUUCGUCGAAGGAAGAAAAUUAUUUGACGAAUAUUUCGAACGAUGAAACGUUGAUGCAUAACGAUGUAGAAAAAAUAGAACCACCGUCGCCAACACCAUCGAGAUCAAACACACCGAAUAGCUUUCGUCCUGUGAUCCUUGGAACUGAAGGAUCCUAUGGAAUGGAAUAUUCAUCAUCGACGAUCGAUCAUCUUCCUCAAGCCGCAAAAAAAAGGAAACAUUCUGAUUGUAGUCGAGGUCAUUGCACAAGAUCUACUACGCAAUCGGCUUACGAGGCUAGGAGAUUAGUUUCUUGUUCUACGGGUGAUGAUUUGGAAACGUUCGGUCUUUACGUUGCAUCGAAAUUAAAAAAGUCUACCGAACGUCAAUGUAUAAUUGCCGAAAGAAUUAUAGCUGAAGUAUUAUUGCGUGCGAAUUUUGGUACAUUAGACGAGAGUACCACUCUUACCGAAAAAUCACCAUCCCGUUGUUUUCUCGUAAUGGGCGAUCGAUAGAGAUAGAGAUAAAUAUAAAUAUAUAUAUAUAUAUAUAGAUAUAAUGCAUAGAUAUAAAUAUAUAUCAUUCAUAUACAUACAUAAAUAUCAUAUAUAAUACAUAUGUAUCUAUGUAUGUAUGCAUACUGUUGAUAAAAGUUAGUAUAUAACAAAUGAUAGUGGACAGACACUAGCCGUCUUUCUCUCUCUCUCUCUCUGUCUCUCUCUGUCUCUCUACGAGAGAGGAAAAUAGCUUCGCGACGCAGCCAAAUGUGAACUGGCAGAUUUCCAAUAAACGCGACUUUUUCAGGAAAAGUACAAAGGACGUGCACGCCGUCGUGCACUCUUAUUCUCCUUAUCACGAGAAUCUUCACAUUUUCUUUUUUUUUUUUUUUUUUUUUUUUUUUUUCUUUUUUUCUCUCGUGGCCCCUAUUAUUCUCCUUGCGUUUUAUAUCGUCUCGAUGAUCUCGAUAAAGACGACAAAAUUCACAGGCCCAUCGGGGAAGUGGGUGCGUGCAAUGAGCGACAGGAAGGGAGGGGAUGUGUUAGUGAUUAAAAAAAAAAGUAUGCAGCAUUUAAUAGUUGCAAUAGGGAAUGUUUCGACGUGUUUGAUGCUGAUAAUACCUUUCUUUUUUUUUCUCUUUCUUUCUUUCGUUUUUUCUUUUUGUAAAACCUCGAAUAAAUUGAUCCUAAUCUGUUUGACAUUUCGUGUUGUUACGAAUCUAAUUUCCUCUCUUCCACUCGCCCCCGCCACUUCGUCCUCCUUGUGGAAAGUAUUUUUAAGAGAAAUAAAUCGAGCGAAAAAAAAAAGAAAAAAAAAAUAAGAAACGAAUCCUUCUGGAGAAUAAUUAUUCAUGAACGACUAUCCGAUUGGUUAUUUUUAAAGUUUUUAUUUUUUCUUUCUUAUUUUCUCCCUCUCUCUCUCUCUCUCUCUCUCUCUCUCUCUCUCUCCCCGUUACCUACAUCUCUUACGUAUUCUUUCUAAUUCGCAUUCAUUAAAUGGUUAAGCAAUAUUUAUGAGCAGAAAAAGUUUGGUAAUAAAUUUUCAUGACACGUGUUUCGGCAAUGGUAGAUGAUGGGUCUUCUUAGGUUGGUUGGACGGUCGAUUGGUUGGUUGGUUGGUUGGUUGGUCGGUUGGUAGGUUACUUGAUAAUCUUCUUCCUUAAUUGAGUUAUUAUACGAACGAAUUAAGACGAAACAGAACGCAACAUCCUAAAAUAGGGAUUUUCAAAAUUGUUUACCAUGUUGGCACUCAAACGUAAACUCAUAAAUUAUUCGAGAAAAUUUAAUAUUCGACGAGAAAUUUUUUUGCU